AUGGAUUUACCGAGUGAUGUAAUUCAAAUGCAAAUCGCGGUUAAUCAAAAUUGCACUGUUCGAGGAAAUCAGGUUUUGCAGUAUUCUUCUUGGCAUUCGAAAGGUAGUAGUUUACGAGCAUUUCUUAAUACGAUUAACUAUGCCAAAAACGCUUUAGAGAAUUCGAUGGAAGCUGAUCUACCAAAUAUCGAUGUUAUAGAAAAGUCCCUUUCACAAGUUAUUUUUAUUGGAAGUGCUUCCGUGAAUAUCACUCGGGAACGCUCCGAUGACGAAUACUCAGAUAGUCUACAUGAAAUUAAGAGAUUAAUAGAGAAGAAAAUUCCUAUUCAUACAUUGUAUUUAAAUCAUUCGGCCAAAGAUAGCUUUCAGCAAAUCGCUACUCAGACAGGCGGACGGUGUGAGCAGCUCGAUAUUUUUUCCAGUCAUGGUGCUGAAUUACUUACUCAGUUUAUUACAGAAGAAGUGUUGAGAAAAGCAGCUGGAAUACAAGGAAAUAAUGCAGUUCAGUUGUAUCGGAGAAGUUAUGUGAAAUGA